AUGAUUACGAUAAUUACAAUAAAAGCUAUCAGAUUUCUAUUACUGCUACUAUCCUUAUCACCAAAUAUGGCAUUCUUCUUUGAAUCCAUUGCUAAUCAAAAUCAUUGCAAUCGUUUAAAACUUGAACAAUGUUUCGAAAGUGCUUUUCAGACAAUGCGUAUUAGACGAAAUGAUGAGAAUGAUAAAAUUCGACUGUCAGAAACAUCGAUGAUACGCGAACGAAUUUCGUUAAGAAGUGUAAUGCACGUUAUGAUGCCACGAAAUCAGCAUCUAUGUGCAGCAAAUCGACAUUAUCUGUCAUGUUUCAACAAUAACAAAUGCCAGGAUGAUUAUGCAGCGCACAUUGCUUCAACUGUAUUCAAUCAAAUUCAUGGGCGCAAUUUACCAAUACAGAUGUUUUUAGCACAUCGUGGAUAUGCUAUACGAGUAAAAUUAUUUUUUUUUUAA